GGAGUUGGCAGCACAGUUUGGUUAACUCAUUGUCCUCUCCUUCCCCUUCUACAUCUUCUGUUUCAUCGGGAUAAUGAUUCGAUACUAGUGUUAAUUUCAUUUCAGGUUAUCUGCGACUUUCUCCAGUAAACUCCAUGGAUUCAUUUUCAGUUCCUGAUGAUAACUCCGAGUUGGACUCCCAUGCCUCCUCUGAUCGAUUGACUAGAUCAAACACGGACAUAGACUGUUCUACACCUGGAGCUGAUUCCAUUGACUACAGUCGAACAAUAUCCUCUGCAUCAUCCUACUCUGAGCUCACUGAUGAUAAUGGCAGCACAUUUGAUCCUCCUGUUAGUUCUCCUAUCUCUAAGCUUGUAAGACGAGCAUCACCUUCGGUAAAGAAGCUAGGGAUGAAGAAGAACGUUGACAUGCUCGACUGGAAAGCAGGUUCUGAAGAGAAAGCAUUUUCAGAGAUCGAGAUGAUGAAAGAGAAGUUUUCGAAGCUUUUGCUGGGCGAAGACAUGUCCGGAGGUGGAAAAGGAGUUUGCUCAGCUGUAGCACUUUCAAACGCCAUCACAAACCUCUAUGCUACGGUUUUUGGUCACUGCUAUAAACUAGAGCCUCUUCCAGCUGAGAAGAAGAGCAUGUGGAGGCGAGAGAUGGAUUGCCUUGUGUCAGUCUGUGAUUACAUAGUUGAAUUUUUCCCUUCUUCACAAACAUUGCCUGACGGAACCACCCUUGAUAUCAUGGCAACGAGACCAAGAUCAGAUAUUUACUUGAACCUCCCGGCACUCGAAAAGCUAGACCUCAUGCUUCUGGAUAUACUUGACUGUUUUCAGAAAACAGAAUUCUGGUACGUAGAAGACGACAAGCAAUCGUUGAGCACCCCCUCAAAGUCCUUCCGACGGAUAGUUCAAAGAAAAGGUGAGAAAUGGUGGCUGCCUGUGCCAUGCGUCCCAGACACUAGUGGCCUCUCCGAGAGAUCAGUCAAGGAGUUGCAUAAAAGGCGCGAAUGCGCGAAUCAGAUUCAUAAAGCCGCCAUGGCAAUCAACAACAGCAUCCUCACUGAAAUGGAAGUCCCGGAGUCAUACACGGCAACACUUCCAAAGAAUGGUCGAGUAGGUGUGGGAGAUGCAAUAUACCGUUCCAUGUCGACAACUGAGAAUUUCUCUCCUGAUCUUCUUCUCGAUAGCCUCAAUAUGACUUCGGAACACGACGCGCUUCAGAUCGCAGACCGCGUGGAGGCCUCUAUGCACGUAUGGUUACGCAAGGCAAACAUGCACAGUAGUUCCAAAUCUUCUUGGGACAUGGUUAAAGAUUUGGUGGCUGAUGAAAACAAAAAUCAGGUACUUGCAUCUAGAUCCGAGACUCUCUUGCUAUGUCUCAAGCAAAGAUAUCCUGGCUUGUCGCAGACAACGCUUGAUACUUGCAAAAUUCAACAUAACAAGGAUGUUGGACAGGCAAUUAUUGAGAGUUACUCGAGGGUUUUGGAAAGUUUGGCAUUCAACAUUGUUGCGUGGAUCGAGGACGUCCUUUUUGUGCACGCAUCAGUAAGAAAGCGUUCGAGAGCGAGGCAAGAACAAAGUCAGUAAGACCACCCACCCUCUUAUUGCUCUGAGCAAUAAGUAAUUAACUUCAAUAGAUGUUGAACUAACCACAGUAUGUAAAGGAUUUUAUGGAUCCUAAAAACCUGUAAUUUGUAUGGAUAGAAGCAAAUGUCGUCUGUAUGAAUUGACGCAUUUGCGAAACUAGAACACACUUGCUCGAGUGUUGUAGGUACGUUUCCAAAGCUUUGUAUGUCGUAACUAGCUCCAGUAUGUAGCAACUUGCUGGUUUUCACGUCGGCAUAAAUAAUUUAAAAGUAUUAAGGUCAAAA